CUACGGAGAGGAAGAGAAAGUAGGAAGUUGAGGUUUGAGUAUUUUCGGUAAAACUUUAGUUGCGAAAUUAAUUUACAAAUACCAUAUAAAAACCUCGUAUUUGAAGUGGAUAUUAGCUGUCUUCCUUAUUUAUGUGUGUAUGACGUUUGCAUAGCUACGACUAGCUUGCUGUUUUGGGAGAAGCAUUAUCAGUUGCAAAUAACAAGUCACUAGCUAUAUAGCAGCUUGCUAGCAAUGAACGACACUUUGGCCCUUCUACAGAAAUUCAAUGCGCAUCCAGAUUCCCGCUGUUGGUAUGUUGCAUGGAACCCCAAAGGCACAUUGCUGGCAUCAUGCGGUGGUGACCGAACCAUUCGGAUAUGGGGAAGGGAAGGUGACUCUUGGGAAUGCAAGACCGUGCUCCAGGAUGGACACCAGAGAACAGUCAGAAAGGUGGCAUGGUCCCCAUGUGGGAACUACCUGGCCUCAGCCAGCUUUGAUGCCACAACCUGCAUCUGGAAAAAGAAGAAUGAUGAUUUUGAGUGCUUGACUGUUUUGGAAGGACAUGAGAAUGAGGUCAAAUGUGUGGCCUGGGCCCCAUCCGGUAACUUGCUGGCCACAUGUAGUAGAGACAAGAGCGUCUGGAUCUGGGAAGUGGAUGAGGAGAAUGAGUAUGAGUGUGUGAGUGUGGUAAACUCUCAUACACAGGAUGUCAAGCAUGUUGUCUGGCACCCAACACAGGAGCUCCUCGCCUCAUGUAGCUACGACAACAAUGUGUGUGUCUAUAAAGAAGAGGAUGAUGACUGGGAGUGCAGGGCGACCCUGGAAGGACACACCUCCACUGUCUGGGGUUUGACCUUUGACCCAAGUGGCCAGAGACUGGCCUCCUGCAGUGAUGACUGUACUGUGAAGAUCUGGAAAGAAUGUCAGCCUGAAGGUGGGCAGGAAGGCACCGACGCGGCUUGGAAAUGUGUUUGUACCCUUUCAGGGUUUCAUGGACGGACAGUGUAUGAUAUUGCAUGGUGUCCACUGACGGGUGCCCUGGCGACUGCAUGUGGUGAUGACGGAGUACGUGUGUUUAAGGAGGAUGAGACGGCUGACCCAGACCAGCCUGCUUUCUCCCUGUCUGCCCAUGUACCCAAGGCCCACACCCAGGAUGUCAACUGUAUCGCAUGGCACCCCAAGGAGGCUGGGCUCCUUGUCUCCUGCAGUGACAAUGGGGAGAUAGCAGUCUGGAACUACCAGUCUGGGGUCUGAGAACAUGUACGUUGGGCUAGUUAGGACUUCCAGAUCCAGUGUUUAACAGUGCUGAAUUUACCUUGUACUGUCAAGGGUGCCAACAGCACUGAAAGUGUCAUGAAUGUUUAUUAAUCCCUCUUGCAAUAACCUGUGUUAAUGAGGUUAGAGUGGUUAUGAUUUCAUUAUACUGAUAAGAUUCCUGCCUGUGCACUUGUUUUGUGGUUCAAAAAUGAAUGUGGGCCCUAAAUGUUCUACAUGUCAUAAUUAUGUAUUUGAUUAACAUAUUACACAUUCCAAUGGUGUUUUGUAAUAUCAAGGGAUUCAACACACUUAUGUCUAGAUACAUGUUUCCAGAAACCACUUUCUUCUAGUAAACUUUGAUAGAAAAUGUCUUUGCUUUUAUAUUAAUUGUUCAUAAAGAAUAUAUUAAUUUACAGUCAAA